AUGAGUCGCUCAUCGUAUCCCAUUUCCACUACGAGCGCGGCGACACUCGUGCCAUCCGAAUAUCACUAUGAAAGCUCCCUCUAUUCAUCAUUCUCAGAUUCGCCAUACUGCGCCCUUCCCAAGUAUCCCUUACCGUCUCAUAGCAAGUUUGACACCAGCGGCACUGCUACUUUAGUAUCGAUUCCUAUUGUGGUGUCACCCUCUCAUCCGUCAUCAUUCGCCCAGAAAAUGGCCGAUUAUCGCAAACGCAUUCGAGAGCAAGCAGGGGAAGUUCUACGAACCUCGCUAGCGCUAUUGUCUAUGCUCGUCCUAUCCGCCAUCGUCGGGUUGUUAUGGUCUAUGUGCUGCACUUGGGCCGGAUGCUACGUAUUCCACCAGCAGGAACCUUACAAGAGCGUCAACCUGUCUACACUCUCCGCAACUAGCGCUCCGGGCGGGGCUAUCAUCUGCACAGGAGGGAGCGUACUGCUUGCCUGUCUAUUAAGCAGAGCAUCGAAAAGAUGGGAUCCAGCGGCGGUAUGCGGAGUGGCUGUUGUAUUCCUCGCCACAGGGUUCUUUGGGCAGGCGUUAGGAGUAUGCCUCCUCAGAGGCAAGAUACACGGAGGAUUGGAUGUGAUCCAUGCACUCCAAUCGAGUGCGGUCGGCCAAGCAGUCUGUAUCCUUGGUCUCUUGGCUGGCGCGGGUUCUCAUAAAACAUACAACUCCAAUCUGUAA